AUGACGGUGGUCAGUGGUGGCGGGUGGCGGCGAUGGUGGUCGAUGGUGGUGGCGACGGGUGGUAGUGGCGGCGAUGAUGAUGGGUGGUGGUGGUCGACGGUAGCGGGUGGUGGCAGCGAAGGAUGGUGGUGGUGGUCGGCGGAGGGUGGCGGUAGUGGUCGGGGUGGCGGUGGUUUGCGAUGGCGGGUGGCAGCGAUGGUAGUCGAUGGCGGUGGCGGUGGGCGGCGGUGGCGGCGGAGGACAGUGGUGGUGGUCGGCGGAGGUUGGUGGCUGGUGGUGAUGACGGUAGGUGGUUGUGGUAGAUGGUGGAGGUGA